UUACCAGUUUAACAAACAAUAGAUAGUAUAAAUUAAAUUUGGAGCAUUUAACUUGAUUAGUACAUAAUCAGCUUGAUGGCGAAUUGUUGCUUGACAACAUGAAGUCGGUACUUUGUAUUUCAGCCUUACUUUUUAUGUCACAUUCAGCAUGGAGUACGAUCCCACUUCGUGAUCCAUGCGUCUGUACUAGAAUUUAUAAGCCAGUCUGUGGCAGUGACGGUAAGACUUACGGCAGCGAUUGCGUACUCUCCUGUAAAAAUUCAGAGCUGGACAGAUCACACCAUAUAAAAAAAUUAUAUGAUGGAGAGUGUAAAGAACCAUUACAUCCGUGCAUUUGUCCCAAUAUCUAUCAACCUGUGUGUGGUAGCGAUGGAAAAACGUAUGGGAAUGAUUGCGAACUGAAAUGUAAAAACGACGAACUGAAAAGAAAAAGACAACCUUGUGUAGAAGAGGUAAGCAAGGGCAAGUGCAAGUCACCUUGUAUAUGUCCUUUAAAUUUGUCACCUGUAUGUGGAGAUGAUGGGAACACGUACAGCAAUGAAUGUGUACUAGAUUGUAAAAAUAAAGAAGAAAAUCGUAACAUAAAAGUUGAUUAUAAAGGAGAAUGUUCCGAUCAUUGUCCAUGUCCCGCUAAUUUAGACCCAAUCUGUGGUGAUGAUGGAGAAACCUACAGCAAUAAAUGUUUACUAGAAUGUCGAAACAACAAGUUAAAACGAGAAGGUAAAAAACAAAUUACUGUCGUUAGCAAAGGUGAAUGCCCUGAUAUUUGUACAUGCACUGCUGACUAUAAUCCCGUUUGUGGAAGUGACGGAAACACAUAUAGUAAUAAAUGUGUCUUGGGGUGUAAAGAUAAAGAACAACAAAGAAAUGGGGGUAAGCAUAUAACUGUAGCAUAUAAAGGAGAAUGUUCUGAUCUCUGUCCAUGUCCCGCUAAUUUAGACCCAAUCUGUGGUGAUGAUGGAGAAACCUACAGCAAUAAAUGUUUACUAGAAUGUCGAAACAACAAGUUAAAACGAGAAGGUAAAAAACAAAUUACUGUCGUUAGCAAAGGUGAAUGCCCUGAUAUUUGUACAUGCACUGCUGACUAUAAUCCCGUUUGUGGAAGUGACGGAAACACAUAUAGUAAUAAAUGUGUCUUGGGGUGUAAAGAUAAAGAACAACAAAGAAAUGGGGGUAAGCAUAUAACUGUAGCAUAUAAAGGAGAAUGUUCUGAUGUAUGUCCAUGUCCCGCAAAUUUAAAUCCGAUCUGUGGUGACGAUGGAGAAACCUACAGCAAUAAAUGUUUACUAGAAUGUCGAAACAACAAGUUAAAACGAGAAGGUAAAAAACAAAUUACUGUCGUUAGCAAAGGUGAAUGCCCUGAUAUUUGUACAUGCACUGCUGACUAUAAUCCCGUUUGUGGAAGUGACGGAAACACAUAUAGUAAUAAAUGUGUCUUGGGGUGUAAAGAUAAAGAACAACAAAAAAAUGGGGGUAAGCAUAUAACUGUAGCAUAUAAAGGAGAAUGUUCUGAUGUAUGUGCAUGUCCAUUUAACUAUGACCCUAUAUGUGGAACUGAUGGAAAAACCUAUUCUAAUCAAUGUGAACUUGAUUGUGAAAAUAAUAAGCGAAAGAAGAAUAACCAGCCUAUUGUGAAAGUCUCCAGUUCAGGUCCGUGCACUGAUAAGUGCGUAUGCACUGCAAUUUCAGACCCAGUGUGUGGAGAUGAUGGGAACACGUACAGCAAUAAAUGUGUACUAGAUUGUAAAAAUAAAGAAGAAAAUCGUAACAUAAAAGUUGAUUAUAAAGGAGAAUGUUCUGAUCUCUGUCCAUGUCCCGCUAAUUUAGACCCAAUCUGUGGUGAUGAUGGAGAAACCUACAGCAAUAAAUGUUUGCUAGAAUGUCGAAACCACAAGUUAAAACGACAAGGUAAAAAACAAAUUACUAUCGUUAGCAAAGGCGAAUGCCCGGAUAUUUGUUUAUGCACUGCUGACUAUAAUCCCGUUUGUGGAAGUGACGGAAAAACGUAUAGUAAUAAAUGUGUCUUGGGGUGUAAAGAUAAAGAACAACAAAGAAAUGGGGGUAAGCAUAUAACUGUAGCAUAUAAAGGAGAAUGUUCUGAUGUAUGUCCAUGUCCCGCAAAUUUAAAUCCGAUCUGUGGUGACGAUGGAGAAACCUACAGCAAUAAAUGUUUACUAGAAUGUCGAAACAACAAGUUAAAACGAGAAGGUAAAAAACAAAUUACUGUCGUUAGCAAAGGUGAAUGCCCUGAUAUUUGUACAUGCACUGCUGACUAUAAUCCCGUUUGUGGAAGUGACGGAAACACAUAUAGUAAUAAAUGUGUCUUGGGGUGUAAAGAUAAAGAACAACAAAAAAAUGGGGGUAAGCAUAUAACUGUAGCAUAUAAAGGAGAAUGUUCUGAUGUAUGUGCAUGUCCAUUUAACUAUGACCCUAUAUGUGGAACUGAUGGAAAAACCUAUUCUAAUCAAUGUGAACUUGAUUGUGAAAAUAAUAAGCGAAAGAAGAAUAACCAGCCUAUUGUGAAAGUCUCCAGUUCAGGUCCGUGCACUGAUAAGUGCGUAUGCACUGCAAUUUCAGACCCAGUGUGUGGAGAUGAUGGGAACACGUACAGCAAUAAAUGUGUACUAGAUUGUAAAAAUAAAGAAGAAAAUCGUAACAUAAAAGUUGAUUAUAAAGGAGAAUGUUCUGAUCUCUGUCCAUGUCCCGCUAAUUUAGACCCAAUCUGUGGUGAUGAUGGAGAAACCUACAGCAAUAAAUGUUUGCUAGAAUGUCGAAACCACAAGUUAAAACGACAAGGUAAAAAACAAAUUACUAUCGUUAGCAAAGGCGAAUGCCCGGAUAUUUGUUUAUGCACUGCUGACUAUAAUCCCGUUUGUGGAAGUGACGGAAAAACGUAUAGUAAUAAAUGUGUCUUGGGGUGUAAAGAUAAAGAACAACAAAGAAAUGGGGGUAAGCAUAUAACUGUAGCAUAUAAAGGAGAAUGUUCUGAUGUAUGUCCAUGUCCCGCAAAUUUAAAUCCGAUCUGUGGUGACGAUGGAGAAACCUACAGCAAUAAAUGUUUACUAGAAUGUCGAAACAACAAGUUAAAACGAGAAGGUAAAAAACAAAUUACUGUCGUUAGCAAAGGUGAAUGCCCUGAUAUUUGUACAUGCACUGCUGACUAUAAUCCCGUUUGUGGAAGUGACGGAAACACAUAUAGUAAUAAAUGUGUCUUGGGGUGUAAAGAUAAAGAACAACAAAGAAAUGGGGGUAAGCAUAUAACUGUAGCAUAUAAAGGAGAAUGUUCUGAUGUAUGUGCAUGUCCAUUUAACUAUGACCCUAUAUGUGGAACUGAUGGAAAAACCUAUUCUAAUCAAUGUGAACUUGAUUGUGAAAAUAAUAAGCGAAAGAAGAAUAACCAGCCUAUUGUGAAAGUCUCCAGUUCAGGUCCGUGCACUGAUAAGUGCGUAUGCACUGCAAUUUCAGACCCAGUGUGUGGAGAUGAUGGGAACACGUACAGCAAUAAAUGUGUACUAGAUUGUAAAAAUAAAGAAGAAAAUCGUAACAUAAAAGUUGAUUAUAAAGGAGAAUGUUCUGAUGUAUGUCCAUGUCCCGCAAAUUUAAAUCCGAUCUGUGGUGACGAUGGAGAAACCUACAGCAAUAAAUGUUUACUAGAAUGUCGAAACAACAAGUUAAAACGACAAGGUAAAAAACAAAUUACUAUCGUUAGCAAAGGCGAAUGCCCGGAUAUUUGUUUAUGCACUGCUGACUAUAAUCCCGUUUGUGGAAGUGACGGAAAAACGUAUAGUAAUAAAUGUGUCUUGGGGUGUAAAGAUAAAGAACAACAAAGAAAUGGGGGUAAGCAUAUAACUGUAGCAUAUAAAGGAGAAUGUUCUGAUGUAUGUGCAUGUCCAUUUAACUAUGACCCUAUAUGUGGAACUGAUGGAAAAACCUAUUCUAAUCAAUGUGAACUUGAUUGUGAAAAUAAUAAGCGAAAGAAGAAUAACCAGCCUAUUGUGAAAGUCUCCAGUUCAGGUCCGUGCACUGAUAAGUGCGUAUGCACUGCAAUUUCAGACCCAGUGUGUGGAGAUGAUGGGAACACGUACAGCAAUAAAUGUGUACUAGAUUGUAAAAAUAAAGAAGAAAAUCGUAACAUAAAAGUUGAUUAUAAAGGAGAAUGUUCUGAUGUAUGUCCAUGUCCCGCAAAUUUAAAUCCGAUCUGUGGUGACGAUGGAGAAACCUACAGCAAUAAAUGUUUACUAGAAUGUCGAAACAACAAGUUAAAACGACAAGGUAAAAAACAAAUUACUAUCGUUAGCAAAGGCGAAUGCCCGGAUAUUUGUUUAUGCACUGCUGACUAUAAUCCCGUUUGUGGAAGUGACGGAAAAACGUAUAGUAAUAAAUGUGUCUUGGGGUGUAAAGAUAAAGAACAACAAAGAAAUGGGGGUAAGCAUAUAACUGUAGCAUAUAAAGGAGAAUGUUCUGAUGUAUGUGCAUGUCCAUUUAACUAUGACCCUAUAUGUGGAACUGAUGGAAAAACCUAUUCUAAUCAAUGUGAACUUGAUUGUGAAAAUAAUAAGCGAAAGAAGAAUAACCAGCCUAUUGUGAAAGUCUCCAGUUCAGGUCCGUGCACUGAUAAGUGCGUAUGCACUGCAAUUUCAGACCCAGUGUGUGGAGAUGAUGGGAACACGUACAGCAAUAAAUGUGUACUAGAUUGUAAAAAUAAAGAAGAAAAUCGUAACAUAAAAGUUGAUUAUAAAGGAGAAUGUUCUGAUGUAUGUCCAUGUCCCGCAAAUUUAAAUCCGAUCUGUGGUGACGAUGGAGAAACCUACAGCAAUAAAUGUUUACUAGAAUGUCGAAACAACAAGUUAAAACGACAAGGUAAAAAACAAAUUACUAUCGUUAGCAAAGGCGAAUGCCCGGAUAUUUGUUUAUGCACUGCUGACUAUAAUCCCGUUUGUGGAAGUGACGGAAAAACGUAUAGUAAUAAAUGUGUCUUGGGGUGUAAAGAUAAAGAACAACAAAGAAAUGGGGGUAAGCAUAUAACUGUAGCAUAUAAAGGAGAAUGUUCUGAUGUAUGUGCAUGUCCAUUUAACUAUGACCCUAUAUGUGGAACUGAUGGAAAAACCUAUUCUAAUCAAUGUGAACUUGAUUGUGAAAAUAAUAAGCGAAAGAAGAAUAACCAGCCUAUUGUGAAAGUCUCCAGUUCAGGUCCGUGCACUGAUAAGUGCGUAUGCACUGCAAUUUCAGACCCAGUGUGUGGAGAUGAUGGGAACACGUACAGCAAUAAAUGUGUACUAGAUUGUAAAAAUAAAGAAGAAAAUCGUAACAUAAAAGUUGAUUAUAAAGGAGAAUGUUCUGAUCUCUGUCCAUGUCCCGCUAAUUUAGACCCAAUCUGUGGUGAUGAUGGAGAAACCUACAGCAAUAAAUGUUUGCUAGAAUGUCGAAACCACAAGUUAAAACGACAAGGUAAAAAACAAAUUACUAUCGUUAGCAAAGGCGAAUGCCCGGAUAUUUGUUUAUGCACUGCUGACUAUAAUCCCGUUUGUGGAAGUGACGGAAAAACGUAUAGUAAUAAAUGUGUCUUGGGGUGUAAAGAUAAAGAACAACAAAGAAAUGGAGGUAAGCAUAUAACUGUAGCAUAUAAAGGAGAAUGUUCAGAUGUAUGUGCCUGUCCAUUGAACUAUGACCCUAUAUGUGGAACUGAUGGUAAAACCUAUUCUAAUCAAUGUGAACUUGACUGUGAAAAUAAUAAUCGAAAAAAAAAUAACAAAACUAUUAUCCACCCAGCUUAUACAGGAAAGUGUGAGGAAGGGUGUUUCUGUAUAGAACUUUAUCAACCAGUGUGUGGCAGUGACGGCAAAACUUAUGGGAAUAGCUGCAAGCUAGGAUGUAGAAACAUAGAACUGGAAAAAAAUCAUCAGCCAAGUAUACGCCAAAUUCAUGAGGGAGCAUGUGAUGGCGGAUGCGUAUGCAAUGGUGUAGUUCAGCCGGUUUGUGGUAGCGAUGGACAAACAUAUACAAAUGAAUGUGAAUUGUCUUGUGUAAGUAGAAAAUUGGUUAAAAACGGUUUAUCUCCUUUAACUGUUUCUAAUAGAGACCUUUGCCAAUACCCGUGCAGAUGUUAUAGUACUAUCAUUCCUGUUUGUGGAACCGAUAACAAAUCGUACCAAAAUCUAUGCGUUCUGCAAUGUGCCAGUCGCAACAACCAACAACUAAACCUCGAUUUGCAAUACAGAGGAGCAUGCCAGAGUUGUUCCUGCUCAAAAAUAUAUGAACCAGUUUGUGGAAGUGAUGGAAACACAUAUGACAACGAAUGCAAAUUAAACUGUGAAAGUAAGAGAGUUGGAAAAUUACACCUACACUUAUUUGUCGCUUACAGAGGCGAAUGUGAAUGCCCUUGUCCUGAAAUCGAUGAUCCUUUUUGUGCAAGCGACGGAAACACAUAUGGUAACAAAUGCGCCCUUGACUGCGAAAACAAAGUACGUUGUCGUCAGAACGAAAAGCCUCUAACUAUAUCGUAUCAAGGACAAUGUCGCGCGUACAACUAUUUUAAUUGCGAUGCCUGUCCCCACCUGUAUCGCCCCGUUUGCGGUGACAAUGGCAUCUCCUAUUGGAACAUUUGUUUCUUAUACUGCGAUGCAGUUAAUAAUUUAAAAAAUAAACGAUCACCUGUUAUGCUUUGUGAUCUUGGUCCUUGUUAACCGCUUCUAUUAAAUCAGGCAAUCAUUUACAAUUAUUACCAGAUAAACUACAUAAUUGCUUUAUAUAAGCUGGUAUAAUAAUUUUGUAUUGAGUUUCAAGUCAAAAUCGCAUUAAGGCCAAUAAUUAUUUACGAAAUCAAUUUAAACAACACUUAAUGUUAUGUAAAAUUGCUGUUACAGAUCAAUAAAAUUGUUUGUUUAUUUAUUUUGUAUAUUUACUGUCUCUAGCAUAAUACCGAAUCGAUAGAAACAUUUUCCUAUAUGUAUCUAUAUAAUGUAUAUCUUUUAAAUAAAUAAGAUUUUCACAUUGAA